AUGCUACAUCUUUCGUUCCGAGAUGUCCUUCUGGAUCAAACUGCUCCCGAUAUGACCGAUUUCAGAGUGGAUAAGACCAGAAGAAACUACAUUUUGGCCAUGCGAUGCAUUGAAGUAAUGUCGAGCAAAGAGAGUGGUCUCCGAUAUAACAUGCUUUGUCUUGAAAAUGAUGGUGUUCCACGCUCUGAAAUCGAUGCUACCAAGGUGAACUUGGCGCCCCACCUAAGGUACGCUUGUCGAUACUGGUUACAGCAUCUUCAGGAUGGAUCAUCAAGUCUUGACCAAGAUCGCAUUUAUGAAAUCUUCAAAAUACAUCUUCUGCACUGGCUGGAAAACAUCGGAUAUCUUGACAUUAUCUCGGAAGCUUUGAGGCAUCUCAUAUGCUUAGAAAGAAAGAUUUCUGGAACAAACUCCACCAAGUUGGGUGUAUACCUAUCCGAUGCUAUUCGAUUUGUGCGAAGAGCCGGAGAAACCAUCAGUAACGCGCGUCUACAAGUCUACUCCUCUGCGCUGAUUUUCACUCCUCAGAAUUCUGUCAUACGGCAGAUUUUCAACUCUCAAAUUCCGAAAUGUUUUAUCACGCUGCCACAGGUUAUAGAUGAGUGGGAUGCACUGCUCCAAACUUCUGAGAGCCGUGCACAUUGCGUAGACGACCUUGUGUUUUUACCAGAUGGUCGCUUGCUUGCAUCUACUCAUGGGUUCAAUAUGACCAUGAUUUGGAAUGUCGAGGGAACAGGAGCAGAGAAACAAAUUAAAAACCAGCCCAGCCCUUCCAGAAGGGGUUUGACAAGUGUAAUUUCACCCAACGGGAAAUUCAUAGCUUGUGUUUUUCUGAAUGGUGUUAUUCAGAUAUGGCAUGUGGACUCCCCAGAUCUGGUCAAAUUUCUGCCUGCAACAGAUAAUCCGGAAGACUUCGAUUAUGAUUAUACGAGGGAGGGCCCUGAUGCUUGGGCCAUCAGGAGAAUAGCUUUCUCAUUCAAUAGUCAAGUCCUGGCUACAGCUACCGAAAAGCAAAUACAGCUCUGGAGUGUGACUGAGAAGGAUCCGCAUCUUCUUCAUACGUUCUGUGAAAAAGACCUGGUUCAAUCCAUUGAAUUUUUGAAUGGUGAUUGUCAUUUUUACUGUUCUACACAUGAAAAAGUGAAAGUUUACCGUGUCGAGAAUCAUGGUAUAUCCUGCCAGCGGCUAGCAGUCUCUAUGGAACAGGACCAUAAUAAGUAUGCUAUCCGAGUUUAUGAUUCCGACGUCACAACAACUGAAUUAGGUAUGCCUAUCAAGACGGUGAUUGCUCAUUCUGGAAAUUCAAACGAAAAACUCGCAGCAAUCAAUCUUUCGCCGGAUGGCCGAUGGCUCCUAUGUACGCUCAUGAGCAUUUUAAAGCUCUGGGAUCUGGACAACGAAGUCCCAGAGUUAGCCCAAUGGGGUCGAGCUCAAGAGAAGCAGCGGGUAUUUCACACUUCUGCUUUUUCACUUGAUGGCCGUCUAGCCUGUGGCCUUCGAGACAGUGUUCAAAUUUGGGAAAUCGAUAAACUUGCCUCAGAUGACGCUUGGCAAAUUUCAAAAAGCCUACCAAUAAUCAAUGGGAUUCGAAUCUCUCCGGAUGGACAGAAAUUGGCUUUGAGCAUAUUACGAAAAGAGCUUCAAAUUUGGGAUAUUGGGGGGGUUAGAAAACCACAAACUCAUACAUACAUUAUCACAGAUGGUCAAGUCCUAGCAUUUUCACCCAUGCGGGACGAGUCAAUCUCUCUUUGGGACCUCAAGCACAGAAUGAUUAUUCGCAAAUUGACACUGGGUGCAGAUCGCCAUAAUUUUUGCGAAGUGAUAUGUUUCUCCUCCGAUUCCCAAAUGCUUCUAGGUGCUGUCUCUGCCGGUGAGGGUGGGCACCUGGUGUGGGACUUGAGUAAGGAGACCUGUGACCCAUUUAAGUACUUCGAGCGUUCCCCAAAGGACUGGGACUAUUGGCCUCUGGCUAUUGCUUUGUCGCCACAAAAUCGCUAUCUAGUGGCAAGUCAUACAGGUGAAGAUGAUAUCAUAAUAGUAUGGGACUUCGUCACCUGUGAGAUUGUACGAACUACCAUCGUCCCCGGGCCAGUCAUGAUUCUGGAGUUCUCAGAAGAAGGGAAUGAGAUCAUCAUGGAGAGAGGAGUGUUCUCACUCAUAGAACCGGAUUUAGAGAGUGACGAAUCAUCUACAGGUGCUAUUAGACAAUAUUCCUUACCCCUUGAUGUGCGGGAUGACUGGAUUGUGACAGGUGACCAAAAACGCCUUUGGCUCACACAUGAGGAAAGGGGUGUAUGGGCCUCACAUAGAGAGGCACUGUACAUUGGAACUAAAUCUGGCCGUCUGCAGAAGUAUGUAGUCAGAGAUGAUGGUGUCCGAGCAAUUUUGUAA